AUGCACUUUGCUGCCCAGACACACGUCGAUAACUCGUUCGGCAACAGUUUCGAGUUCACAAAGAACAACAUCUACGGGACCCACGUCCUCCUCGAGGCCUGCAAGGUCACCGGUCAGAUCCGUCGCUUCAUCCACGUCAGCACUGACGAGGUCUACGGUGAGACCGAUGAGGAUGCAGUCGUUGGCAAUCACGAGGCCUCCCAGCUCCUCCCCACCAACCCUUAUUCGGCCACUAAAGCCGGAGCCGAGAUGCUCGUCAUGGCUUAUGGCCGAUCGUACGGGCUGCCGGUUAUCACUACUCGGGGGAACAACGUGUAUGGCCCGAACCAGUUCCCGGAGAAGCUGAUCCCAAAGUUCAUCCUUUUGGCCAUGAGGGGGAAAACUCUCCCGAUCCAUGGUGACGGGUCGAACGUGAGGAGCUACCUCUACUGUGAGGAUGUGGCCGAGGCAUUUGAGGUGGUUCUUCACAAAGGGGAGGUUGGGCAUGUUUAUAACAUCGGGACGAAGAAGGAGAGGAGGGUAAUCGAUGUUGCUAAGGAUAUAUGCAAACUGUUCAACAUGGACUCGGAUAAGAGCAUCGAGUUUGUCGAUAACAGGCCGUUUAACGAUCAGAGGUACUUUCUGGAUGAUCAGAAGCUGAAGAAUCUGGGAUGGUCUGAGAGGACCACUUGGGAGGAGGGGCUGAGGAAGACUAUUGAGUGGUACACGAGCAAUCCCGACUGGUGGGGCGAUGUGUCGGGUGCGUUGAUCCCUCACCCGAGGAUGUUGAUGAUGCCAGGUGGCGUUGAGAAGCACGAGCCAACCAAGCCCAACUCCUCGGAGAACUCAGGCCCAACUAAGAUGGUGGUGGUCCAAAACAACAGAAACGGCCUGUCAGCACAGAAACCGGGCCUCAAGUUCUUGAUCUACGGACGGACGGGCUGGAUCGGUGGUCUGCUUGGGAAGAUUUGCGAGAAGCAGGGGAUCCCGUAUGAAUACGGAAAGGGGCGCCUGCAGGACCGGGCCUCGAUUUUGGCUGAUAUUGCAUCUGUUAAGCCCACGCACGUUUUCAAUGCGGCUGGUGUAACUGGCAGACCUAAUGUGGACUGGUGUGAGUCUCAUAAGACAGAGACGAUUCGUACCAAUGUGGCGGGCACGUUGACUCUAGCGGAUGUUUGCAGGGAUCAAGGAUUGCUGGUGAUGAACUAUGCCACAGGAUGCAUAUUCGAGUAUGAUGCCGAGCAUCCCGAAGGUUCAGGGAUCGGGUUUAAGGAGGAAGACAAGCCGAAUUUCACUGGCUCUUUCUAUUCCAAAACCAAAGCAAUGGUGGAGGAGCUUUUGAAAGAAUACGAUAACGUGUGCACGCUCAGGGUCCGCAUGCCAAUAUCCUCCGAUCUCAGCAACCCGCGCAACUUCAUCACCAAAAUCUCCCGUUACAACAAAGUGGUCAACAUCCCGAACAGCAUGACUAUCCUAGACGAGCUCCUCCCGAUCUCAGUCGAGAUGGCCAAACGGGACCUUAGGGGAAUAUGGAACUUCACUAACCCGGGUGUCGUUAGCCACAACGAGAUCCUGGAGAUGUACAAAGAGUACAUCGAGCCGGGUUUCAAGUGGAGCAACUUCACUCUAGAGGAGCAAGCGAAGGUCAUAGUUGCCCCAAGGAGUAACAACGAGAUGGAUGCAUCAAAGCUGAAGAAGGAAUUUCCCGAGCUGCUGUCGAUCAAGGAGUCGCUUGUUAAAUAUGUUUUCGAGCCGAACAGGAAAACUGCUCCCCUGGCCAAGUGA